AUGACAACCACUAAUUUAAUAUGGGGAUAUUUGACUAUGAUUUGGAUAAACAAUAAAAUUCUUCGUUUAAAUUAUGGUGAAAACAAUGCUAAUAGAAAUGAUUUAUCAAAAUCACAUUAUGGAAAAUUAAUGAUUAUGGCUGAUCAAGAUCAAGAUGGUAGUCAUAUUAAAGAUCUUGUUCUUAAUCUUAUUCAAUAUAAAAGUAAACAAAUAACACAUCUUAAUAUUGAUAUAAAGAAUGGAAAUCGAGUAUCGUUUGAAAUUACAUCAAAGAUUUUUGUGUUAAUUUUAUCUUUAUGUAAAAACUUAAUUGAUUUAAAUUUUUGUGAUUUAUUUUUUGAACGAAAACAUUGGAAUCAUAUUUCUGAUUUAACAGAAACAAGUUUAACGUCUUCAACUUUAAAUAAAUUAAAAAUAAAUCUUGAAACUUUUACUGAAUCUUUGUUUCUUCUUAAUGGAAAUCUUGAAUGUUUAACAACACUAAAUCUUCAUGUGUAA